ACCUUUAGCCAAAAGUUGGCAAACCCCAGGGAAGUGGAAACGUGUGUGAUCUGCUCUGGAGUGCCUGAUCUAUCACAGUGGAGUGCUGCAGAAUCCCAGGGCCUCGCUGCAGAAUUGAGGUCACCCUUGCUGCAGAGAACACAGUACCUGGGGACUGAGUUUGCCCUAAAAGAAAUCAUGUCAUCAGGAGGAGCUGAAGAUGAUAUUCCUCAAGCUGAGAGAAAAACAGUUACAGACUUUUGCUACUUAUUGGAUAAAUCUAAACAGCUAUUCAAUGGCUUAAGGGAUUUACCUCAAUAUGGUCAAAAGCAGUGGCAGUCUUAUUUUGGGCGAACAUUUGAUGUUUACACCAAACUCUGGAAGUUUCAACAGCAGCAUCGACAAGUGUUGGACAAUCGGUAUGGGUUGAAGCGGUGGCAAAUUGGGGAAAUUGCUUCCAAGAUUGGGCAGCUCUAUUACCAUUAUUACUUGCGCACUUCAGAAACAAGCUAUCUCAAUGAAGCUUUCUCCUUCUAUUCAGCCAUUAGGCAGAGGUCAUACUACUCCCAAGUCAACAAAGAAGACAGGCCUGAACUAGUGGUUAAGAAGCUGCGUUACUAUGCAAGGUUUAUAGUGGUUUGUCUCUUGCUCAACAAAAUGGAUGUUGUAAAGGACCUUGUAAAGGAGCUGUCUGACGAAAUUGAAGACUACACUCAUCGUUUUAAUACUGAAGAUCAGGUGGAGUGGAACCUGGUUCUUCAGGAAGUGGCAGCAUUUAUUGAGGCAGACCCUGUCAUGGUUUUAAAUGAUGACAACACCAUUGUAAUCACCUCUAACAGGCUUUCUGAAACAGGAGCUCCGAUGCUAGAGCAGGGAAUGAUAGUGGGACAGCUUGCUCUUGCUGAUGCGCUGAUUAUUGGGAACUGCAACAACCAGGUGAAGUUCAGUGAAUUGACAAUUGAUAUGUUCCGAAUGCUGCAAGCACUUGAAAGGGAACCAAUGAAUUUAGCAUCACAAAUGAACAAACCUGGAAUGCAGGAGUCUACAGAGAAACCAACCAGACGAGAAAAUCCCCAUAAAUACCUGCUUUAUAAACCAACUUUUAGCCAGCUAUAUACAUUUUUAGCAGCAUCAUUUAAGGAGCUGCCUGCAAACAGUGUACUGCUGAUUUACUUGUCUGCCACGGGCGUGUUUCCAUCAGGUCGUUCGGAUAGUGAAGGUCCAUAUGAUUUUGGUGGUGUUCUGACAAACAGUAACCGGGACAUUAUAAAUGGGGACGCUAUCCACAAGCGAAACCAGUCUUACAAGGAGAUGCACUGUCUUCACCCUGGAGAUCUCUACCCUUUCACAAGAAAACCCCUGUUCAUCAUUGUGGACUCUUCAAACAGUGUUGCCUAUAAGAAUUUCACAAACUUAUUUGGACAACCAUUGGUGUGCUUGCUUUCUCCAACAGCAUAUCCAAAAGCAUUACAAGAUCAGUCUCAGCGGGGUAGCCUCUUCACACUCUUCCUGAACAAUCCUUUAAUGGCAUUCCUAUUUGUCUCUGGAUUAUCAAGCAUGCGCAGAGGGCUGUGGGAGAAGUGUCAAGAUUACCUUAGAAAAAUCAACCGAGAUAUUGCGCAGCUGCUGACCCACUCCCGGUCCAUAGGUACGAGCCCGAAGAUGCACAACUCAGCCUUCAGCAGAUGCUGGUUUUAA